AUGAGCAGGAUACUGUUGUUGCUUUAUAUUCUUCUCGGUAAUGGGGUUGGAAUGCUACUCUUUUUGGGGCGAGCCCUGUGCUCAAGAGCCAGCACAUCAAAGUCGGCUUUGAUACGGCGGUCUGAUGCCGACAGCUGCCGAAUGAUUAUUGCUGGAAAGAACCCAUUUCAAAAUACGGCAACCGGUAUCCUAACCAGCCUUCAAUCCAGGGCUGGCCCUAACCAAGCUCUUCGGAAAGCUUUUGGCAUAAACAAUGCUUUUACCAGCGAAGACAACAAUGUUGUGAAAGAUUUCGUAGCCAAGGCUAGAACCAGAAUGAACCUUUAUAUCGCGGAUUGGGAGAGAGCGGCUACUCUUGCAGCCACCACGCUCAAAUCAUUAGGAUUUCUCGAGCAGGUAGGGAGAGACUGUGAUGGCGCCACAUCAAGGACAGUGCCUGUUGCCAAUGUAGUGCAAGUUACAUGCUUGACAGUCGUUCUGAGCACAAUUCUUCAAGCAGAUAUUGACAAAUUCCAAUAUAAAGAUAUUCUUGACUUGGCAGAGGGUAUUAACCGAAUAUGGGUCUCAUCAAAGAAUAUGAAAGAAGAACUGCGACCUGUCUAUCAGAAGGAGGUGGCUCUUCAUAACAUCCUCAGGGCCAUAUUUCCAGGUAUUCAGGUUGACGAUUCAACUCAGAAUCCCCUAAAUCUCAUUCUUCCCUCUUUUGAGACUUUAUGGAGAAUAGUGCUGCGGACUUUUCUCGAGGUGAUAAGCAGUCGCAAACCGGAAUUCAAGCAGGCGUUGGAAGCUUUUUUCCGAAGCCCUGGCAAAGAACAGUUCAACCAUCAAAUCAGCCCUGGCAUUUCUGCAAGAAAUAUCAUUUCCGAAGCCCUCAGGCUCUAUCCACCAACUCGACGUGUCUAUCGCCAUGUUCGGAAUCCCGGCACUGACAAACCGAUUCUUUAUGCCGCAGAUAUCGAGGCAUGCCAUCGUAAUGCCAUAGUAUGGGGGCCGGAUGCCCUCAAUUUCUAUCCUGGGAGAUGGGAGAGCCUCAAUAAUUCGCAAAAGGCUAGCUUCAUGCCAUUUGGAGCCGAACCGUUCUUAUGCCCAGCUAAGCCAGUCUUUGGGCCGCGGAUGAUCGCCCUUCUUGUUGGGGCACUUCUCUGCAAUUAUGCCGACGGCUGGGAGCUGCACGGGAGAUUUGGGAAGCGUGAUAUUAAUAUGAUAACUGAAGGGGUAUAUUUGGACAGAAAUUCUUGUGGAGAACUAUAUCUCAUGAGACAAAUAGAAGAAUGA